CAACUAGCAAUUAUCAGGUAAAAAAGAAACCCUUCGCUUGAAAUCAAUAAGCCCAAGCCAAGCGCGCCAUCGUCAGGCACAAAGCCGAAGUAAGAAAAAACGGAGGAAAGUUGGUUCCUUCAUCAGAAAUGAGGCCUACACCGAUGGAGUUCUUUGCGGAGUUGGAAGAACAGGGAUCGACGGUCGCCAUGGACGUGGACGAUGUAGACCCACUUGAGAUAUUGGGCGAGGGUGUGAUCUCCGCCGAGAACAAGCUCGCCGACGCUGAUUUCUUCAACUCCUUUGAGGACGAUUUUGAUGAUUCUGACAUCAACUGAGAUUCUUUUGCGUGGUUUCCUUCAAAAGAAGUAGUUAAUUUCCCAAUUCUGUGUUUUUGCUUCUCUUGAUGAAACAAAGAUGAUAGAUGCUACCAUGCCCUAGUUUGUUUUGGCCUUUAGGGAUUUCACUGCUCUAUUUGCUUGGGUGAUGAAUUGAAUACUUUUGAUAUGGAUUACUUUCUGAAGUGCUUGAUUGGUUAUCCCAUAUUUUCUUUUGGUUAACCUUGUAAUCUUUGUCAUUAGUUGCAAGGAAAUGUAAGGGGAAUGUGUUUAUAUGUAGCA